AGCGGGUUUUAAAAUUCUCUCAUUCGCUUAUAAAAGGCUGCUUCCUGAUUUUGAUGUUACUCACAGUCUCACACUUCUCUUACAAAAGACUUUGAUUUGAUUUAAUUAAUUUCCGAAGCUCUCAACAACCCAAAGUUAACAAAACCCUAGAAUAAGGAGCAAGAUGGGAAGGGGAAAGAUAGUGAUUCGAAGAAUCGAUAACUCAACUAGCAGGCAAGUUACUUUCUCCAAAAGAAGGAAUGGAUUGCUGAAAAAAGCUAAGGAACUUGCGAUUCUAUGCGAUGCUGAAGUUGGAUUGAUUAUUUUCUCCAGUACUGGGAAGCUCUAUGAGUUUUCUAAUACCAGCAUGAGAUCAGUUAUUGAACGAUACAAUAAAACAAAAGACGAACCUCAACAACUGCACAAUCCGGUGUCCGAACUGAAGUUGUGGCAGAGAGAAGCAGAGAUUUUGCGGCAACAAUUACAGGAGCUGCAAGAAAAUCAUCGGCAAUUAAUGGGAGAGGAGCUCUGUGGUUUGGGUGUAAAAGAUCUGACAAAUCUGGAGAAUCAACUGGAAAUGAGCUUAAAGGGCAUCCGUAUGAAAAAGGAGCAAAUAUUAAAGGAUGAAAUUCAAGAUCUAACUCGAAAGGGGAGCAUGAUACAUCAAGAAAAUUUGGAACUCUACAAGAAGGUAAAUCUCAUUCGACAAGUAAAUGCAGAAUUGUAUAAAAAGGCUUAUGGUACAAGGAAUGCUAAUCCAGUGAAUGGAAACACAAUUAAUCCAUAUCGCUUUACGGUGAGUAGAGAAGUUCAUGCCCCCAUCCAUCUGCAGCUAAGCCAGCCUGAGCCACAAAAUUUUGAGAUGCAAGCAGGAACAUCCGAUUGAAGGUAGAUGUCAAUGGUGGCAGUAAAGAUCAAUGACUAACAACCUGAACUGCAGAGCAGCAGAACGACUAAAAAGAAGGAUUGAAGUGUUUCUAUGAUAUAUAAUUAGUAUGGAGUUGCAAAGGCAUCUCAUAAAGUGUUGUAUUAUCUUAUUGAUAAUGGUAGCCUUAUUUUAUCUAUAUGUAAUUCAAACAUUUGGUGUUGCACAUAAAGAGAGCACAGGCAUCAUGAGUUCAUG